AUGAACAAGAAUUCCCCAUCACCUAGUUCACCAACCCCCGUGAUUUUGGUGUUGGUCACCAAUAAAUAGGGGAAAGUGCUUGAACAUAGUCAGUUUUUCAGAACCUUCUCUGUCUUCGGAUAAGUUAAAAAGAUUCUAAUAUUCGAAAGAAAAAUCAUCUGGAAAGUAUUCAUCGAAUACGAAACAGCCCAACAGGCUCAAUAAGCACUUAUCUUAGAUGGUACUCUCUUCGAUUACUAACUGAAAAUGAGAGUCCACCUUAGCUAACGAGAUUCCCUUGUGUUUUAGAAUAACAACAAUUGCGGCGUAGAUUACACUACUCUUCAAUCCAAAUAGUAAUUUUUCCAACAACUGAAGGAAGAUUCAAAUUCCCUCAAUUAAUAAUUACAACAGAACCUUGAUAUUUUGAAUCAAUGUAUUACUCAGCUCAAUCAGACUACUGAUUUAAAAGAACAAAUUUCCCUCAUCCAGUAGAUCCAAGAGUAUCGCAAUCAAACCCAACAGCUCACCGUCCUGUAUUAGCAACAACUACGCAAUUACGCUUCCGUGCUCCAACGAGAAGGCAAGAAACAAAAAUAGAUCAUAUCUUCAACCACAACACCCUCUCCCUCCCCUUUUCAGCACUCCACCGUUGACUCCAUAAGACAACAAAUCCUUGAGGAAUCGUCUGAAGACGACAAAGAGGAGUUCUCAGAUGGAGAAAGCAUCUCCUCCGAAUAGUCGCCCAAGUCUUAAAAAUCUGUCCAUUCCGAUGACAACUACAACGAAGUCUUUUGUAAUGAGUCCAGCAAUCCCUUUUCCUGUGGAGCCAGUCCUUUCACUCCACAUCCUCAAACGUAAAGCAGUCCCUUCUUAAUGACUCCCACUCCUCUACCAACGUAUUUGGUAGUGCAGCAUCCCAACACCAAUCUACGAGUGGUGUACAACAUCUUUAGUACAGUCACAAGAGUAGAUGCCAUCUAUCAAAGCCAUUAUGGAGCCUUCCUCCAAUUGGCCUCCAAAGAAGAAGCAAAUCGAGUCAAAAACUUACUCAACAAAGGCCUUCUUUUGGGAAUGCCUAUGACUUUGAUGAUCUCCGAAAAACUACCCCAGGAUGCUCGUUAAGUAGCCCUACCCCCCAAUGAGAGAAAAGCAAUCAUUACUCAACAAUUGUCCAACGCAAUCUAAAUUACAGGUCUUACUGGUGUCACCAUAGAGUAGAUGUAUUAAUACUUUGGAUGUAUGACCCCUAUCUAGAACAUGAAAUUCAUUAAUCAAAGCUCUUGCAAAAUACUCUAUUCUGACGUAGGAUGCAGUCUUAGUGUCUUAGGACAUUUCCAAGAUGCCAAGAUCAAUGGAAGAUCUGUGUAACUUUCAUUCACAGCUUUCUGAUUAAUGAGAAUGAAUGAAUUUUAUUAAUAUUAUGUACCAUCAUUAUAAGUUAUCAUAUC